CAGCUAUUUCCGAGUGGGAUGUGAUCGUUCUCACCGAAACCUGGCUCACCGAUAGUUACCCAUCUUUUCUAUUGUUUUACAGCCACCGCUACAAUACCUACCGAUUGGAUCGCUCUGCCAUAAAUAGUGAUAAAUGUAUUGGUGGAGGGGUUCUCAUUGCCACGAAUAUCAAAUAUGCGGCUUCGCUGUGCACUACUAAUACAUUAUCAAUUGAGUGUCUUUGGGUGCGUGUAAAAGUUUUGGAUGUUUCCCUAGUCAUCGGCUCAUUCUACCUCCCGCCUGACCAAGCUGCCAACCCCGAUGUUAUAAAUACUUUCUGUACUACGCUACAUGAAACUAGGGAAAAAUAUAAAGACGAUCAUUUGAUUAUUCUCGGAGAUUUCAAUCAACCCUAUCUUAAAUGGAUUACUCGGAACGAUUUUCCUUCGCUUGACUUCAGCAACUCCCGAAUACAUCCUACCAGCCAAAUUCUCCUCGAUGAAAUUAAUUUGGCCGGCCUUCAGCAAGUUAAUUCAAUCACCAACUGUAACAAUACUAUACUUGAUUUAAUUUUUGCGGAUGACCAGACCGUUGAACGAUUGAGUCCAUUAGAACUGAGUUUAGAAUCCAUAGUUGAACCUGAUCCAAAUCACCUUGCUCUACUUACCAGCUUCAUGGUUCCGUAACAGAAUUUGUCGUCUUCUGAGUCCCAGAACGGAGAGAUUUGAACUUUAGACGUACGAAAUUUGAUAAAUUAACAAUAGCGCUAACUCAAACCAAUUGGGAAUUAUUAAAGUCUAACCACGAUAUCAACGAUAGCGUGUUAAGCUUUACAAAUCAUCUAAAUGGAUUAUUCGAACAGUUUGUUCCCUGCUUUAAUCCUCCAUCGAAACCACCGUGGGCUAGUAAUUCACUACGCGUCGCCAAACGCCGGAGAUCUAAUGCCCAACAAAAACUGCGCAGUCUUCGAAAUAGCACCAACCAAGCAAACUUUGCUCGCGCUGCUCGGAUUUACAAACAGUUAAACCGUUUUGCGUAUGCUGACUACGUUAGAAAGAUCGAAUUCAGAUUCAAAAAGGAUCCACUUGCAUUCUGGAAAUUCAUACGAAAUAAGAAAUCCUGCGACUUUCUUCCAGCUGUAAUGAACUUCAAGGGAAACAUCAUUUCGGGUGAAGAUGACCUCUGCAAGGGUUUUGCAGAACAUUUCGCUUCCGUGUACACCUGCAAUUCUUCGAAACCUCUCAACCUAUCUUCAGCACUUUCCGCAAUCAACGACGCAGUUGACUUAUCCACAUCUAUUAUCAGUGAAGAUGAGGUCGAUGCUGCCAUAUCGCAACUGAAGCUUUCGUAUGCCUCUGGGCCGGACAACAUUCCCAGUGCAAUUCUUAUUCACUGUAAGGCUGCUCUUUUGCCUAUUCUGACUCAACUUUUCAACAAAUCCUUACAGUCGAAAUGCUUCCCGCAAAUAUGGAAAUCUUCUUACAUGUUUCCUGUCUUUAAAAAAGGAGACAAAUCUGAUAUGUGUAAUUAUCGCGGAAUCUCUAUGUUAUGUGCCUGUAGUAAGCUGUUUGAAAAAGUUAUGUUCCGCCACAUGUCCUACGCUUUCCUGCCUGUUAUAUCUGUUAUGCAGCACGGCUUUAUGUUUAAACGUUCGAUUGAAACUAACCUGCUUCAUUUGCUUCAAUUUUGAUACUCCAAUAUUGACAAGGGCCUCCAGGUUGAUGUCAUUUAUACCGACUUCUGCGCUGCAUUUGACAAGGUCAACCAAUACUUAUUGCUUGCUAAAUUAUUAAAAUAUGGUGUACACUCAAAUUUUUUAGCAUGGUUAGAAAGCUACCUAAUGAACCGUUGCAUUAAUGUAAAAAUUGGAAAAACUUUUUCUGACCCUUUCUGUAACUUUUCUGGUGUUCCACAAGGAAGCAUAUUAUGGCCAUUAUGAUUUAUUGUAUUUAUUAACGAUAUUGUGUUUGCUGUUUCCAGCGUCAAUGUUUUACUAUAUGCAGACGAUCUUAAGAUGUUCCUUGCUAUUGAAAAUUCAAAUCACUGCGAAAUACUUCAAGAUUCCGUAAACCGUUUUUUGACGUAGUGCCAUGAUAACGAAAUGUUUGUGAAUAUACAAAAAUGUAACUGCAUUACUUUCUCUAAGAAAAGGAUUCCAAUAACUUUUAAUUACAAAAUAGGUCAAGACAGUGUGCCGCGGUCAUCUGUAGUUCGUGAUUUAGGAAUAAUGUUAGACAGUAAACUUAUAUUAUCGUGCCAUUUCCACACAAUCCUCUCAAAAGCAUUAAAUAUGUUAGGUUUUAUUCUACGUGCUUCUUCCGACUUUAAAGAUCCUUUCUGUCUUAAAUCGUUAUACUGUGCCCUAGUCCGUCCUAUACUAGAAUUUGCUUGCGUUGUUUGGUGUCCAAACCAAGUGACCUAUAUAGACAUGAUAGAAAAAGUUCAGAAAAAGGUGACGCGCUAUGUUUUAUCGUCUUCCUUGGUCAAACCAAAUGCCACGCCCCCCGUACCAUGUCAGGUGUCAGUUAUUUGGUCUCGAAACUUUAGAACACAGGAGAAAGAAUGCUCAAUGUAUUUUCAUGCAUAAAUUAUUAAAUGGGCUUAUUGAUGCACCUGAAAUUUUAAAUCUGUUCAGCUUUUCUGCACCUACUAGGGAUCUUUGAAGCAGGUCUUUAAUCAGGAUCCCAUUUCGAUCUUCUUCAUUUGGCGCUAACGACCCUUUAAUUUGAAUGUGUGUCAGCUACAAUAGACUUGAAUCAUCUGCAGAUUUUUAUAUCCCUGUUUCUCACCUUCGUCAGUUGUAAAGGGCUAGUGUUGUUUAUGUUUAAGUUGUUUACUAAAUAAGAAUUUGUAUCUGUUAUUUAGGCCUAUUGCCCGAUAACGUAAAUAAAUAACUAAUAAUAAUAAUAAUAAUAAAAUACAACAAGCCACUAGCAGUUGUACAUGGAGCCACAUAAACGGCCAAGAAAAUCCUGCAGAUCAUGUUUCACGGGGAUUAACUGCAAGCGAACACGUCAACUGUGACCUUUGGUGGAAUAGCCCGCCAUGGCUCCAACUAGAUCAAGAGCAAUGGCCCAAUGUUGCGAAGUUUUCUGACUACCACAAAUUGCUACGAGUAGUUGCAUAUUGCUUUCGAAUGAGAACUAAACGUGAUUCUUCGCAAGAAACUGUCGUUAUUAGCACAGACGAAUUAUGGAAAGCAGAAAUCAGAAUCUUGCAAGUGGUUCAAAGAGAUAUCUUUGAAAAAGAAUGGACUCAGCUCCGUCAAAACAGUCCUGUUUCCAACAAAUCCAGACUAAAAUGGUUCCAUCCGUUUCUUUGCGAUGAUAAUCUUAUUCGUAUUGGUGUCGUAUUCGUAUACGUUUAUCAAAAUCUAAUCAACCAUUUGAAAGCAAACAUCAAAUAUUGCUAUCAGCAGGUCAUCCUCUGGCAGAAAUGCUGAUUAGAUACUUGCCGCACCGCAACUAUUGAUCACCAUCCUUCGUCAAAGGUAUUGGGUCAUAGGGGCCAGAUCCCUAGCUAAACGCAUUUGCCAAGAAUCCGCACCUUGUUGUCCUGCUCGUCCUCGGCUGCUAGAACAAUUUAUGGCAGAACUACCAACUUCACGCAUAACACCAAGCCGACCAUUCUCAAUAGUGGGAGUGGAUUAUUGGGGUUGUUGCUGCGAAUCGUAAACAAAUAGAGAACUGUCACCGCGGCUGACAGCAAAACAUUCAGCGUUUUAAGUAUUUUUGAUUCCUACGAAGAAGUGAAUACUAUAUCGCAACGCGAUUAGUUCGGGAGCUAACAAGCUUUAAAAAAGUUUUUUUUGCAAUAAGUGCAAAGAUUUUUAUCGCGAAUAUCUAAAAUCAAAGUGCCGGGAGUGAUAUUUUUCGAGUGUUAGUGCAUCCGAGAAAAUGUCCCAGCAAGCGAUGAAAAUCACCGGUGCAGCGACUGACCUCGAUAAUGCACCGCAAGUGCGGAGUGAUGUGGGAGAAAAGACCGCUACCGCGGCAACAGCCAAAGUUACUCGACCCAAGAGCGAGAGGCUAAUGGCGGCUAAGGCCAGCCAAAAUCGGGAUAUAGCAGCCACGCAAGUGUUGGCAAGCGAAAAGCGCGAGGAUAAACCUCUCCACCCGAAUGAUGAGUCUUGCUCAUCCCAACACGGCCGCAAAGCAAGUUUGUCGAAGCAUGAACAAGUUUCGACGUCUUCAAGAUGCUCAGCAUUAGAACGUCGCGUAAACGAAGAGAGAGCAGAGGAGCAUAAUGCUGCCAGCGAUAAAGGCAUACGGGAGUCCCACAAUCCCAACAAGGAACCAGGAUCGUCUUUGGGUCCUAGUAAGGCUACGUCAUCCAAGCAUGGGCGUUCAUCUGUGUCGUCCAAGCGCUCAGCCUUAGAACGCCUAGUGAGAGAACAAGCCCUACAGGUGAAGUUGCUGAUGGCUGAGAAAGAAAAAAUGAUGGCAGAGAAAGAAAAAAACGAUGGCGGAAGCAGUAUUGAAGUGCAAGUUUGCCGCCUUGGAACUGCAGCACGAGACGCAAAGGAAUAACCUCGAAGAGGUCGACGGCGGUUCCGAAUACUCUGCGGGCAUCAUUCAGGGGUUAGUGUUGAGUGGUCAAGACGAAAACGAACAAGAAUCCAUCUUGAGAGCAAAAACGGCGGAGUGGGUACAGGCCCAAUCGAAGAUUUUUUUACCGCAAGCGUGUUCCAGCGUUGAACCUGUGCAACAAGAAGUUACACGCGAUAAGGAAGUAGCUGCUUUGGAUUGGAAACCCUCCGACCACAUCGCAGCUAGGCAGGUAUGGCCGAAAAAACUCCCUACCUUUUCAGGUAAGCCACGAGAGUGGCCAAAGUUCUACAACUGCUACGUCGAAUCGACAAAAGCUUGUGGACUUUCUCCAACGGAAAACAUGGCCAGGCUGGAAGAAUGCCUUAGUGGACCCGCACGUGAUGCCGUCGAAGGAUGGCUCGAUAGUCCGACGUCAGUAGAGAUGGUCAUGAAGACACUUCAGAGACUGUACGGACGGCCUUCACUUGUGGUGAAGGAUUUACUCGAGAAGGUACAGCGAACCCCAGCACCGAGGCCGGAACAUCUAGAUGAGCUAAUCACGUUCGGCCUAACAGUGUUACAUCUGUGCAACCAUCUAGCCAACGCGGAUCUGGUACACUACCUUUCAAAUCCUGAGCUACUUGAGGAGAUGGUAGAGAAGCUGCCCGUAACAAGGAAGUUAGAGUGGGUACGAUUUAGUGAAAGUUACCAUCUACCAACCCUGAAGGAAUUUGGAGUCUUCAUGGACAAACUGGUAGAGGAAGCCUGUGUUGUAACCAGAUACACUCCACCCAAACCUCACACACAUCGAACGGUACACCGCUCAAAUGUACAUAGCCUAUCCCACGAGCCACCAACACCUGUCGUUGAGUCAAACACAACACCUUGCCGGAUGUGUAAAAACACUAGCCAUAAGUUGAGGCAAUGUGAAGCAUUUAGGCACAUGUCUCCACCGGAUCGCUUGGUAGCGGUUAACCAAAUGAAGCUUUGUCGAAACUGCCUUGCUAACCACGGAACGAAUCCCUGCAAAUCGAGAUACUCCUGCGGCGUUCCGGGAUGCGGUCAACGACACCAUAGCUUGCUGCACCAGCCGAGGGAAGGGGCAACCGCCCAGCCAGCACAGUUGCAGACACACCACCACGUGGCGAAAACAACACUGUUCCGUGUAGUACCUGUUACCAUCCACAAUGGAGAUAAGCAAAUCGAUACCCACGCUUUCUUAGACGAGGGGUCAUCGUUGACACUAGUGGAAGCAUCUUUAGCAGCAAGUCUUGGCAUUGAAGGAGAAUCGGAGCCAUUGGAGUUAAACUGGACCGCCAACGUGAAGCAGAGGGAAGAUUCAUCGCAGCGCAUCAGCAUGGAGAUCUCGGCACGUGGGGGAGAGCGGCGCUAUUUAAUAGCGGCCGCUCAUACAGUGAAACAGCUAAGUCUCCCAAAACAACAGGUUGAUUUUAAUUCACUGAUAAGUGACUAUUACUACUUGCAGGGUCUACCAGAUGAACAACGAGUGGAUGGAUUUCCGAGAAUCCUGAUAGGCCUGGAAAACGUCGACCUGAUGGCACCACUGGAAACCCGAUCCGGCCAGCCAGGGCAACCGAUCGCCGUAAAAUCCGUGCUAGGAUGGGCGGUCUACGGCCCUCAUGCGACUAACAACGCGAGAAGCCAACCGGCGGCCAGCUACGUACACAGUGUUCAGCAGCAGCAAAUCGACGAUAGCGACACAACAACUCGUGCGACUAACACCGCGAGAAGCCAACCGACGGUUAGCUUCGUACACAGCGUUCAGCAGCAGCAAAUCGACGAUAGCGACACAACGUUAAACGAAAUGCUCCGUCAAUACUUCACACUAGAAGAAGCGGCCGUAACCAACUACAGCGAAUUUCUGCCAGAAAAGCGAGAAAUAGUGCGAGCCAGACAACUACUUGAAAGUACCACCGAGCGGCGGAACGAUCAUUUCGAAACUGGUCUGCUAUGGAAAUCUGAUGACGUAAUUCUUCCUGAUAGCAUAGCAAUGGCCACGAAGAGGCUAUACGCUCUAGAGCGAAAACUGGACAAGAAUGAAGAGCUGAAGCAGAUCGUACACGAGCAAAUGCGUAUGUAUAUAGAAAGAGGCUACGCACACCAAGCGACAGAAGAAGAAUUGGCUACCGCAAAUCCCAACCGCAUCUGGUACCUACCAUUAAACGUUGUUGGGCACCCACAUAAACCUGAUAAAAAACGCCUCGUUUGGGACGCAGCAGCGAAAGUCCAAGGGGUAUCCCUUAACUCAGUCCUUCUGAAGGGUCCAGAUCUGCUAGCUAUGCUCCCCGAAGUGUUGUGUAAUUUUAGACAGAGAAAGAUUGCCUUCGGAGGAGACAUAGAAAAGAUGUUCCAUCAACUACGAAUCCGACCGGAAGAAACUCACAGCCAACGGUUCUUGUUUCGGUUUGAUAAAAAUAGGAAUCCGGAUAUCUAUUUGAUGGAUGUUGCAACAUUUGGUGCAACGUGUUCCCCAUGUUCUGCACAAUAUGUCAUGCAUCGCAAUGCUGACGAACAUGCCUCAAACUACCCAAACGCUGCAAGUGCCAUCAAACGUUCCACCUACAUGGACGACUAUUUUGACAGCUGCGAUACAAGGGAGGAAGCGAUAGAACGCAUAACGCAAGUCAGGUAUAUCCACUCCCAAGCAGGGUUUAACAUGAGGAAUUGGGUAUGCAACGAUUCUUCUGUGCUUAAGGCUACAGAAGAAAACAAUGUAAAUGUAAAACCCGUCGUCAUAAACCUAAGCGACACCGGCAGUAACACCAGAGUGCUGGGAAUGGUUUGGGACCCUAUUGCCGACGUAUUUCGAUUCUCCUCUUCAUGGCAUAAAGAAUUAGUACCCUACGUAAUGGAAGGAAAACGACCUACAAAAAGAACUGCCCUUAGAGUCAUUAUGAGCCUUUUCGACCCUCUGGAACUGCUAGCCCCAAUCCUCAUUCACGGUCGCAUGAUAAUGCAAGAUUUGUGGCGAGUCGGUAUAGACUGGGAUGCAGAAAUGAGUGAGCCAGAGUUUCUCAAGUGGCAGAAAUGGGUGGGUCUACUACCGGCAGUUGAACGACUGGAAAUACCCAGAUGUUACCUUGGCGAUAUGUGUUCGAAGUUGAGUACAUUACAGCUACAUGUUUUCACAGACGCAAGUGAAAUUGGGUAUGGAUGCGUCGCGUACUUGCGGGCCGAAGAACAAGGCCGCAUACAUUGUUCCCUAAUCAUGGCACGUAGCAAAGUAGCUCCCGUAAAAUAUCAAUCUGUACCCAGAAUGGAACUACAAGCAGCACUUUUGGGAGCGAGGUUAAUGCGAACUAUUGUGGACAGCCAUACGCUUCCGAUCAACGAGAAGUAUAUCCACACAGACUCAGAGGUAGUACUGGCAUGGGUUAGAUCUCCCUCUAGAGAUUUCAAACAAUUUGUCGCUUGUAGGAUCGGCGAGAUUCUUUCGCUAACUGAGCCGUCAAUGUGGCGACAUGUUCCUACGAAAGACAAUUCGGCCGAUUGUUUAACGAAAUGGGGAAAAGAAACUCAGCUAGAGUCAAAUAGCCGCUGGUUCAAUGGACCAGCAUUCCUCUACCUUCCACCAUCGAAAUGGCCAAUGCAAAAAAAGGUAGAAGAGACCCUAGAAGAGCGAAGAACUGCCCACCUAUUAACGCAUCAUCAAAUUGGCGAACAACCCUUCAUAAAGGUAGAACGUAUUUCUAAGUGGAAAGUACUACUACGAACUGUGGCAAUGUUUUUCGAUUUGUAGCUAAUUGCCGACGCAGGGCAAACAAUCUACCACUUGAGACCAUACCAGCAACACAAAGACAAGCACAGCAUAUAAAGCGAAAUGUGCUAUCACACCAAGUCCCAGUUAAAGCUGAAGAAUAUAGUAAGGCAGAACAAGUGUUGUGGCGCAUGGUCCAGCAAGAAUGCUACCCAAAUGAAGUAAACCUUCUGAAUGGAGAUAAAAAGCAGCAAACCCUACCAACUAAAACCAUCCUUCACUCAUUAACGCCCAUGGCAGACGAAUAUGGUGUGAUACGCGUCGAUGGUCGUACAGCAAACGCAGAAUAUACUGCAUUCGACACGCGUUUUCCUAUCAUCUUACCAAAGCAACACCGCGUAACCUGCUUGUUGAUAGAAGAUUACCACCAUAGACUGGGACAUGGAAACCGAGAAACGGUUGUAAACGAGGUCCGUCAGCGUUUUCAUAUACCAAAUUUGCGGGCACUAGUUGAUAGAGUAGCAAAAGACUGCCAACGCUGCAAAAUAGCAAAAAGUAAGCCAUACACUCCUAGAAUGUCUCCCCUACCCGUGGAACGACUCACCGCAUGGGUACAUCCUUUUAGCUACGUCGGGGUCGACUUUCUAGGACCGGUCGACGUCACGAACGGUAGGCGUAACGAAAAGCGAUAUGUGGCAGUGUUUACCUGCCUCGUUACACGAGCCGUGCACCUUGAGAUGGUGUACAGCCUCUCAACCGACGCCUGCAUCAUGGCCAUACGGCGAUUUGUUGCACGUCGAGGUACACCUAUAGAGAUUUUCUCUGAUAAUGGCACCAAUUUUGUGGGAGCGAGCAACAUCCUAAAACAAGAGAUAUCGUCAACAAUUUAUAAAUGUGCCGAUACAUUUACCAAUUCCUGCACAAGUUGGUCCUUCAAUCCGCCAUCUGCACCACACAUAGGAGGUGUCUGGGAGCGCAUGGUGCGAAGCGUGAAAGCAGCUAUGCGCACUCUAAACGAUGGUCAACGGUUGAAUGAUGAGAUAUUGUUGAGCGUGUUAGCUGACUCGGAGAAUUUGAUCAAUUCCAGGCCGUUGACAUAUACGUCGCUUUCGUCAGAUGUAGAAUCCAUCACACCAAACCACUUUCUACUCGGAAGUUCAGCAGGCGCUCAGACACAUAUGCGCUUCUGUCCGAGUAUAACACAAGCACUUAGACACAGCUACAAGAGGUCACAGCAGUUGUCCUACCACUUAUGGGAUCGUUGGGUAAAAGAAUACUUCCCAUCGCUAAACAAACGGCCAAAGUGGCACGACGACCAGGUUCAACUAAAGGAAGGCGAUUUGGUGUUUGUAAUUGAGGGAGAUCGAAAAGAAUGGACUAGGGCAGUAGUCGAAGAAGUCCAUGCAGGACGAGACGGGCGGGUAAGACAAGCGAUUGUUCGUACAGCAACCGGAAAACAACUGAAGCGACCCACGGUAAAGUUAGCUGUAUUAGAUGUGGAAAUUAAGGAAUCCGAAAAGGAGAGAGAUAUUGCACAGCUAAAGUAGAAGAUAGUUUACGGAUCGCGAGAGCACAUGGAAAAGUGAACACGGUAUGACAGCAAGCUUGACGGGUAACCAGUUCACGGGGUGGGGUGUUGCUGCGAAUCGUAAACAAAUAGAGAACUGUCACCGCGGCUGACAGCAAAACAUUCAGCGUUUUAAGUAUUUUUGAUUCCUACGAAGAAGUGAAUACUAUAUCGCAACGCGAUUAGUUCGGGAGCUAACAGGGGUCCCAUCGGUCUAUCACCCAUUCAUCGCCGUGCAUCAUCUGGUAAAGCAUUUGUAGCUGUCUUUAUUUUUUCCGCUACAAAGGCCGUUCAUCUCGAGCUCGUCAUAAACCUUACCACAGUUAAAUUCAUCCAAGCAUUUCGUCGUUUCGUUGCUUGUCGUGGGUUAUGCAGUGACCAAGGUUAUUAGACUCUAUACAGGUUACGGCAAUAGCCCGUUUUGGCCGAUUUCCAAUAAAAAAAUGAAUGAAAAUUUUGACAGACAAAUUGGAAUGGUUUGUUUACAAUUGGACUGGUUUGUUUACAAUUUAUCUGGAUUGCAAUCGUGCAAUGGUAUAGUGUUUGGUGUUAAAUUUUGCAUGUUUUAAUUUAUUUAAUUAUUUUGUAAUUUUAUAAUUACUAAUUUUGUGAUAAAUUAACAGUUGUGACAAGGGAGAAAUCGAGUAAGUGAGAAUCCAAGACAUGAGCUCAUCGCGUGUUGGCCAACAUUAGAACCUGGCAGGCACGGAAACAUGGAGACAUGUCCUUCCAUUUGGCACAGGUGCUCUCGGGACAUGGCUUUUUCUGGGAGUACUUAUGUAUCAAGGGUUUCACGUCGUCCCCGGACUGCCAGUGGUGUGUCGGUGUACCAGAGGAUGCAGAACAUGUGAUGUUCGAGUGUCCCCGUUUUGCUAUUGUCCGACAGGAGCUGCUUGGCGAGGGUGGCCCAGAUCCGGUUCGUCCAGAUACUCUUCAGCAGCAUAUGUUGCGAGACCAAGCCACCUGGAGUCGUAUCAGUGAAGCCGCUCGACAAAUAACUGUAGAAUUGCAGCGUUCCUGGGAUGCGGAAAGGGUCAAUCGCGCAGCUGAGGACAUGGCUCAACGCGAGGCCGAGCUGGAGGAAAUUACGGCACAUAGAGCGGAGGUGGUUGCCGCUCGUAAUAAUCGACGUUAUGCGAGACGUAGAGAGCAGCGUGCGCGGGAAAGAGAGGAAUGCAGGGGGCGGACGGUCCCCUUCCCCUCUACCGUCACCAUCUACCGCUUCCCGACGUGAGGCGAAUCGGGUUGACCCGCACGACUCCGGGAUGCUUCGGAUUGCUCCGACCCGGUGAGUUCCAGUUGUCCCGGCUUUCACUAGUUGUGUAUGGAAGAACGUGCGUGAGUUGUUGGAUCGCUGACCAAGGAGUAGGAGAAGGAGGUAAAAAUGAGUUAAUGUUUAACGAGCCCGUUGUAACAAUAAUAAUUAGAAAAUAAACUUCAAAUAUAUUUGUGUUUGUCGGAAGCAUUUAUGAAAUACGAUUUCCCUCGAUAAGGUUGACAAAGUGUUAUUUUUAUAACUUUCGUCACAACAAUUUACGCAAUCACAAAAUAUUAUUUAAAUAAACACUAUGUACAAAACAUGUUAAUACUCAUACUGUACGGGCCGCACACCAGCCACACCGUGCACCCCUACCGAGAGCAUCUACUUGAUCUACCUUUGAACACACUCUUUUGUCUGCCGUGCA